GGGGGGCGUGAUGUCAAGCGGGGCUGGCGCUGCUGCCGCUGCCUCCCUCCCCGCCCAGCCGCCGCCGCCGGAGGAGCCCGGACUCCGGAGCAGCCGCGGGCGGCACGGAGGAGGCUCCUCCCCGCCUGGCACACGCGCCGGGCACACGCCCCCGCCCGCCCGCCCGCCCGCCCUGGGCAGGUGAGAAGCCGCCGCCGCCGCCAGCACCUCCACCUCCAGCUCCAGCUCCGGCUGCCGGCACCCCCGGGGGGCUCUCGGUGGCGGCCCCCGGCCGGCCGGCCGGCCCGUCGGUCAUCAGCAGCGGCGCCCAGGCUCAGCCAGCCAGCCAGCCUCCCUCCCUCCGCCGCGGCCUUUUGUCUUCUCCGUCGUCGCGCUCGGCGGCUCCUCCAGGGGACGAUGCUGUCGGGCCAGGUGGAGACACGGAUCGCUUCGUCCCUCUUCAUCCGCCUCGCGCCGCCCAGGAGGGACCACGUGGCCAAGGGCGAAAUGGGGCCGCCGAAGCCUCCGCGCCUCCCCUGCAACGGCCUUCCGCAGGAAGCCCUGGAGCCCUCUGGGCCCACCCCGCCCCAGACAUCGGCAGAUGCCGCCAAGGGGAGCAGGGGGCACGCCCCACGAGCAGCUGGCGCGCCCCACGGAGGUUACUUGGCCUUGCAGCCCCGUCCCGUCCAGAGCAACAGUCCUGCUCCUCCACCGUACCCCACUUCCUUCUCCGUAGAGACCCUGGGGCCUGACCUUGAGAAGCGAGCAUCCCUGCAGACGUCUUCCACUUCUCCAGCCGGACGGAGGGAACCGAACGCCCUGCCCUUGACUCAGCAGGCUGGAGAGCAGCCGCCGCCGCCGGGCAGGAAGGUGGCGCACGCCGUUUCCACAGACAUCUGUGCCUUCUGCCACAAAGGCCUCUGCCCGCGGGGCCCUGCCGUGGAAGCCAUGAACAAGCAGUACCACGCUGACUGCUUCACCUGCCGGACAUGCAGCGGUGCUCUGGUGGGGCAGCACUACUACCAGAAAGAGGGGCGGCCGCUGUGCGUUGCCUGUUUCAAGAACACCCUGGAGAAAUGUGCCCGGUGUCAGACCUUGAUCCUGAGCCAGAUCGUGCGGGCCAUGGGCCACGGGUACCACCCAGAGUGCUUCACCUGCGUGGCGUGCGGCCGGGCCAUUGGGGACGAGACGUUUGCCGUGGACGAGGAGGAGGAGGUGCAUUGCCUCCGCGACUUCUACAGGAAGUACGCCUCGGUGUGUGGGGCGUGUGAGAAGCCCAUCAUCCCCAGCGAAGGGAGAGACGCUUACAAGAUCGAGUGCCUGGGACGGGACUUCCACGAGGACUGCUACCGCUGCGAGGAACCUGAUUUUUCACCUUUGCCGGUUAUACACUUCUGGUGGGCAUGCCUUGAGUCUCCUCCUCCCCUCCGCCCUGCAAUCUGGCUUUUUCCUGGUCUUUCUGCACAGCUGUCUGGAUAUAUAAGCCACUGUGUCGCUCCCUCGGGCUGCGGUGCAAAGUUCCGAACUGUCGGGUCCUCUUAUCCCCAGAACCCACCGAGGAUGGCUGCUACCCUCUGGGCAGCCGCCUCCUCUGCAAAUCCUGCAACAUCCGACAGAGAGAAUGAUUUUCCUGCCGAGGGAACAAGGUGCAGGCAUCUUUCCGGAGGCUGCAGCACGGACCCAAGGAGCCAGGAUCGCGGGUGUCUCUUCCUCUGGCGUUCUGCCUUGCCUCUGUCCUGUUUCCUCCCAUCUGAGUGUCUUGACGCCUUUCUCUUUGGGGUUUUAAGCCUGGAAUUGAGCACAAUGCAGUGGUUGGAGGCCAAAUGCCUCCGGGUCAAUCUAGGGCCGAGCUCAAGGAAUUCCCCCCUGCCUCGCUGCUCACUCACUGCUGCCAGGAAACCUAGCAGCCCCUAGGAAAUGCCCCCCUGGGGGGGGAUGCACUGCCUGGACUGGGCUGGAGGAGAGAAAGGCCCUCUGGAACCACUAGAGAGCAGCACACUGGCGUGGUUGGCCAACACAGCCGUCCAAUGUGGACAUCUUUCCAAACAGGGCUGAAGGAAGAGAGAGGAUGUGUGGAAUCUCAGUCUGGAGACCUCCAGCUGCACAGAGGCUGAUGCCCCCAUCUCUCCUGGGGUUGGGUUUAUUCCUCAUUGCUUGGUCACCUUAUAGCUGCAUGAAUGAAUUCUAGUGGGCGCAGCCCGGAAGUACGGAGGGGACUGUCAAGAGCGAGGAGCCCCUUCCUUGCUCGGAACCCCGGUUUUCUAGAGCAUAGAGAAGGCAGCAGAGUCCUGCAGACCUGUUGCUGUUUUUUCUAGAAGUUCUAAGCCUCACCUGGUUCCCCAUGCUGGGAUUUUAGCCUAGGGCAACACACCCUGGCUCAGAGAGAGAAGAACAGAGAGGAUCUCUGGAGGGGAAAGAGCAGCAAACCUCUGAAAAGAAGGUCAGCCCUGCCUUUUAUAGUCUCAUUCUGCAUUCCUGUUGUUGUCCUCAUCCUCUCCAAGUCCAGUGCAGGAGAUUGAGGGAAUAUAGGAAGGAGAUUGGGGGGAGGAGGAAAUCGGCUGGGAUUUGUGCUCACAAAUAGGCUCAGUCUGUGUCGGUCUCCAGAACCUGCUCUCAGUGGCUUAAUCCUGGAACUUGUGGGGUGGGUCAUUAAGAAUAUGUUGGUUUUUUGAGCAUGUGGAGAAGAAGAAUGCCUCCAAGGAGCGACCUCAGCCAGCCCUAUGCAUCCAGAGUCAGGGCUUUGGGGACGUGCACAAGUGAGCCCUGGCAUCUACCAUUACUGGGAUUUUAUUUUUUUAACUUUUGAAACUAUGCACCAUGCACAUGCCUGUUCUUAUUUUGGUUUAGAGCAUCUAGCCCUGGAGAAGAGCUAACGUAAAAGCUUGUACCAGUCUAUGCUUGUUGAGCCAGGAUAGCUCUUAAAAAUCUGUGGUCCCUCCCCACUGGCGGAGCUGCCAUCUUCCAUUAAUGGAUGUCCUGUCCACGAGGGGGCACCCCAAGGCCAUGUUCCUUUCGCUGAAUUAACCUAGCAAAGGGUCUCAGUCAAGGGAUUUAUUCUUCUGGGUAGCCUCCUUGCUCCUUUGUUUUCAAAGCAUGUGGGUCCUUCUUUGUAUGAAGCUGCUUUCUAUCAUAUAUCUAUUAUGGCAUCUCAAUCUUUUUUUUUUUUUAAUCUAUUAUUGCAUCUAUAAAAAACAAAUAUGAAGUGGGUUAAUUUGGAUCUUUCCCAGAAUUGUUUGGGUUGGGAUGUCUCUGCACAUUCAACUUAAUUCUUUGCUAUUUCAAUAGCUUCCUUUCUCUUAUUUUUAUAUUUGCUUGGGUAUUUGUACCCUUAUGAAACAAUAAAAUGUAGAGAAAGCUGUUGGAUAUAUUCCUUUAUGCCCACCAAAACAUCUCAGAGUGACUAUUGUACUGUACUGUCUGAAAAUCCUUUUAAAGUACACUUGAUUAAAAUCUGACUUGAAAUGUA